AUGCUCUCUCGUACUAUACGUGCCCUUCACGCUACGUCUGCGCCGCGCUGCGUAUACCGUGGCCCCGUCACGAGCUUCCACUCGUCUCGUGUCGCCCGUGACAGUUUCGUGCAGCACCGGGACACGGAGGACAACAAUGCCGACACGCCCUUCGACUUUACGCCUGAGAACUACGAGCGCGUGCACGCGAUCUUGGACCGGUACCCGGAGAACUACAAGGCGUCGGCCAUCAUCCCAUUGCUGGACUUGGCGCAGCGCCAGCACGGAGGCUGGCUGCCGCUGGCGGCUAUGAACAAAGUGGCGCGUAUAGUCGACGCCAAGCCCAUCCAGGUCUACGAAGUUGCCACGUUCUACACGAUGUUUAACCGGGAGAAGGUGGGCAAGUACUUUAUCCAGCUCUGUGGCACGACGCCGUGCAUGAUUUGCGGCUCAGAGGAGAUCCGGAAGACGAUUGAGGACCAUUUGGGGAUCAAGAAAGGAGACACGACGGAAGACGGGAUGUUUACGCUGCAGGAGGUCGAGUGUCUUGGGGCGUGUGCCAAUGCUCCCAUGGUGCAGAUCAAUGACGAUUACUACGAAAACUUGACCCCCGAGACGAUACGUGAGCUACUGGACGCCUGCAAAAAGGAUGCACCGCCUUCGAUGAACAAAUGGGGCAGUUUGCCGAUGAACGGACAGCUGUCGUGCGAAGGUCCGCAGGGCAAGACUUCGCUCAAGUGGGACAAGGUCCCCGGACCGGGAUUUCGGAUGCGCCCGGAUGACGAGCUCAAGCCCAAAGUGAACCCGAAGGACAUUAAGGACGCCAUGCUGUACUAG